AUGCGUCGCUUCGUUGAGGCCUGUUUCAGGAGGCCGCGAGAUCACUCCGAGGGCGCUCAGCAGUGCAGAGACGUUCUCUACCAGCUCGGCAUGGGCGAUCUGAUGUACCGUUUCAUCUCGCAGGCCGCAGGCAACCUCGUCCGGAGCGUCGUCCAGGCGGGGCCAGAUCAAGGGCGCGACUACGACGAGGUGGCCGACCUGGCACGCAUCCUCAUUGAGUACACGUGCGAGGCAUUCCCCAUCCUCGACGACUGGAUCAGGAGCAAGAUCAUGCCCCUCGUCGUCCACUGGCUUGCGCCCUGGGCAGACAUUGACCGCGUGCUGUCCCUCGACGCCGGCCUCUGUCCCGAUGCCAAACUGCUGCACCAGGUCCAGUCGCUGCUCGAGAGCCUGCAGGAGAAGAUGAGCGUGUGCCUGGGCAGGCUGCGCUCCAAGCAGCUGUUCGACAUCGUCGUCGACUUCCCCCACUCGGGUCCAGCGCUCGAGGACCUGCGCCGGUGCAUCGCAGUUGAAGCAGACAUCAAACGCGCCAUCUCGCGCGACCUCGACGGCUUCCUUCAGGCCCGUCUGCUGCACCCGGGCGCCUCGACAAAGAGCAUCCUCCAGGUGUACACCCAUCUCAUCCGCGCACUUCGCUUGGCCGACCCCAGCGGCGUCGUCCUCUCGCAUGUCAUCGGCCCUGUCCGUGCCUACCUCCGACGCCGGCCGGACACGGUGCCGAUCAUCGUCUCGAGCCUGCUCGGCCAGUCGCAGGACUUUACCCUCCUCAGCGACAUGAUGCGUGAUCCUGGCCAGGGCUCCAGCGCGCCCGCGCCCACGAGUGCGGACCUGUCGGCCAUGUACGACGAGGAGCACCCGGCGCAUCCAGCCGACGCUCUCGUCGUCGAUCUUUCACAACAGCAGCAUCACCACCAACACCAUCAUCAUCAUCACAAUCAUCACCUCUACGGCGGCAUCACCCAGCGUUCCAUCAUGGUGCCCAUCGACGACCCGGACUGGGCGCCCCGGCCAAUUGAUGCAGGCCCUGACUACCGACAGAGCCGCAAGUCAGACGUGAUUGCUAUGAUCAUCUCCAUCUUUGACGACGAGGCCGGCUUCGUCGAGGCGCUGGAGCGCAGCACGGCCGAGCAGAUCAUCAAGGUGGAGAACUACGAUGCGCGAAACGAGUACGAGAUCAACGAGAACCUCAAGCGGCGCUUUGGCGAUGCGUCGCUGGGCAAGUGCGACACGAUCAUCAAGGAUGUCAAAAAGUCACAGCGCUACGACCGCAGCAUCCACGACGGUCAUUCCCAGGCACAGGCACAGGCACAAGCAGGUGAAGGAAAGGAGGAGCAGGGCGCGCUCGCGGCAUUGCACCCGCUCAUCAUCAGCCGGCAGUUCUGGCCCGAUCUCGAAGAGGAGGGCGCCGCUGCGAGGAAUGCAUCGGCAUCGACAAUGUUUGCGAAGAUGUCGCAGUCUGCCCCGCCUGCCGCGGCUUCUUCAUCAUCAAAGGCAUCUGCGCUCGCGGCAUCGCUCUCGCUCGACGCCGCACCGCCCGGUGGCGCGCGCCUCAAGAUGCCUGGCCAGUUUCUCGAGGCGCAGGAGAGGUACGUGGAAAAGUUCAAGGAGGUGGCAGACAUGAAGACGCUGCGGUGGAUGAGCGCACGCGGGCGCAUCAGGCUCGAGCUCGAGAUGGACGACGGCAGGUGCAUCGAGGAGGACGUCGUGCCGCUCCAGGCCGCCGUGCUCGAGUGCGUCAACAAUGCUUCAGACAGCGGCGCCAGGCCCGAGGAGAUUGCGAGGGAGCUCGAAUGCGACGCACGGGCCGUCGGGGAGGCGCUGGCCUUUUGGGCCGCAAAGGGCAUCCUCGGCGAGGUGCCUGGUCAAGCGGGCAUGUACCGUGUCUUCGAUGGCCAGGCUCUUCCAUCCUGA